GAAGAGGGGGGGGUGGGUCGGGGGGGUGGGGGGAACACUGAGCAGAGAGGCUACAGAGAAAAAAGGAGUCUCUACUGGUCCUUGCGAAAUUCGGGAUUAAAUUGGGAGAGACCGCUUGAGGGAAAUGGAUUCUGUACCCUCACUGGCCAGCGUUUUGACUUUACUAUUCUCCGUCUUGUGGCACAUAGGAUCUACAGCUACAAACUAUAACUGUGACAACCCAUUAUCAGCCCUGCUGCCUCCAACAGCCUUUUCCAGUUCAUCAGAACUCUUUGGCACUCUCAGCCCAGCCCAACUCAACAGAAGAAUUGGAGCUGGUGGUUGGUCCCCAGUGAAAUCUAAUUCACAACAAUGGCUCCAGAUUGAUCUAGGAAACAGAGUGGAGAUUACUGCAGUGGCUACCCAGGGAAGAUAUGGGAGCUCUGACUGGGUAACAAGCUAUAUACUGAUGUUUAGCGAUACAGGACGUAACUGGAAGCAAUACAAGCAAGAAGACAACAUCUGGACUUUUUCAGGAAACACCAAUGCUGACAGUAUUGUCCAUCACAAAUUCCUACACUCAGUGAAAGCCCGAUUCAUCCGAUUUGUACCAAUGGAAUGGAAUCCAAAUGGAAAGAUAGGCAUGAGGGUGGAAGCCUAUGGAUGCUCUUAUAAAUCCGAUAUUGCUGACUUUGAUGGCAGAAGCUCCCUCCUAUACAGAUUCAAUCAGAAGUUGAUGAGUACUUUUAAAGAUGUGAUUUCUUUGAAGUUCAAGAGCAUGCAAGGAGAUGGGGUCUUGUUCCAUGGAGAGGGCCAGCAUGGAGAUUACAUUACACUUGAGCUCCAGAAGGAGAAACUCUCCUUACAUGUCAAUUUGGGUGACAGCAAACGUCGUUUCACUAACAGCCAGCCUUCAGUCACUCUAGGCAGUCUCCUGGAUGACCAGCACUGGCAUUCAGUCCUCAUUGAGAGGUUCAAUAAACAAGUGAACUUCACAGUGGAUAAGCAUACUCAACAUUUUCGGGCAAAAGGAGAUGGUGAUUAUUUGGAUAUUGAUUAUGAGCUCAGUUUUGGAGGGAUUCCAGUCCCAGGCAAACCAGGAACAUUCCUGAAGAAAAACUUUCAUGGAUGCAUUGAAAACCUUUAUUAUAAUGGAGUCAACAUAAUUGAUUUGGCCAAAAGACGCAAGCAUCAGAUCUAUACUGUGGGCAAUGUCACUUUUUCCUGCUCAGAACCACAAAUUGUUCCCAUCACGUUUGUCAAUUCCCAAAGCAGUUAUUUGUUACUGCCUGGCACUCCCCAAAUUGAUGGGCUCUCGGUGAGUUUCCAGUUUCGAACUUGGAACAGAGAUGGUCUGCUCCUGUCAACUACACUGUCAGAGGAUUCUGGAAUCCUGCUGCUCUAUCUAGAGGAUGGGAUGCUGAAGCUUGUUAUCCAGAAAAUGACAGAACGCUCCAUGGAAAUCUCCACAGGAAGCAACCUGAAUGAUGGCCUGUGGCAUUCAGUUAGCAUCAAUGCCAGAAGGAACCGCAUUACUUUGACACUAGAUAAUGAUGCAGCAUCCGCUGCUCAUGAAACCACUAGGCUACAAAUUUACUCUGGAAAUAGCUACUAUUUUGGAGGUUGCCCAGACAAUUUCACCGAUUCUCAAUGUUUAAAUCCUAUUAAGGCUUUCCAAGGCUGCAUGAGGCUCAUCUUUAUUGAUAACCAGCCCAAGGACCUCAUUUCAGUACAGCAAGGUUCCCUGGGGAAUUUUAGUGAUUUACACAUUGAUCUGUGUAGCAUCAAAGACAGAUGUUUGCCAAACUACUGUGAACAUGGAGGAAUGUGUACUCAGUCCUGGGCUACCUUUUAUUGUAACUGCAGUGACACAGGUUACACUGGAGCCACUUGUCAUAACUCCAUCUAUGAGCAAUCAUGUGAAGCCUAUCGACACAAGGGAAACACAUCUGGCUUUUUCCACAUUGAUUCAGAUGGCAGUGGGCCCCUUGAGCCACUUUAUGUUUACUGCAAUAUAACAGAGGAUAAGAUCUGGACUGCCGUGCAGCAUAACAACACAGAGCUCACUCGAGUGCGAGGGGCACAUCCCAAGAGGCCCUAUGUCAUGUACUUUAACUACAGCAGCAGCAUGGAGCAGCUGGAGGCUAUGAUCAACAGUGCCGAGUAUUGUGAGCAGGAGGCCAUUUACCAUUGCAAGAAAUCUCGUCUACUGAACACCCCCAAUGGUAUACCUUUUACAUGGUGGAUUGGAAGAGGCAAUGAAAGACAUCCCUACUGGGGAGGCUCCCUUCCUGGAGUUCAGCAAUGUGCAUGUGGACUGGAGGAGAGUUGUGUAGACAUGAGGCACUUCUGCAAUUGUGAUGCAGACAAAGAAGAAUGGACAAAUGACACUGGCCUUCUUUCAUUCAAAGACCACUUGCCUGUCACCCAGAUAGUUAUCACUGAUACCAACAGAUCAAACUCAGAAGCUGCCUGGAGAAUUGGCCCAUUACGUUGCUAUGGAGACCGGCAUUUUUGGAAUGCAGCCUCAUUUAAUACAGAAGCCUCUUACCUUCACUUCCCUACCUUUCAUGCAGAAUUCAGUGCUGAUAUUUCAUUAUUUUUCAAAACCACGGCUUUAUCUGGCAUCUUCUUGGAAAAUCUGGGCAUUAAAGACUUCAUUCGACUGGAAAUAAGCUCUCCUUCAGAAGUAACAUUUUCAAUUGAUGUUGGGAAUGGCCCCAUGGAGCUCACAAUUCUUUCUCCAUCACCCUUGAAUGACAACCAAUGGCAUUAUGUUCGGGCUGAAAGAAAUCUCAAACAGACUUUUCUCCAGGUGGAUGAUCUUCCAGCAAAGAUAUUGGAGACACAAGAGGAGGGACAUUUUCGAUUGCAGCUAACCAGUCAAUUAUUUGUAGGUGGCACAGCAUCAAGACAGAAAGGAUUCCUAGGAUGUAUUCGUUCCUUACGUUUAAAUGGACAGAAACUUGAUCUUGAAGAAAAAGCCAAAGUCACAGCUGGAGUCAAACCUGGAUGCCCCGGACACUGCAGCAGUUAUGGCAACUUUUGUCACAACGGAGGAAAGUGUGUUGAGAAGUAUAAUGGCUACCUGUGUGACUGCACCAACUCUCCAUAUGAAGGACCCUUUUGUAAAAAAGAAGUGUCUGCUGUUUUUGAAGCUGGUACUUCUAUUACUUAUGGUUUUCAAGAACCUUAUCCAGUGACCAAGAAUACAAGUAUUUCCUCCUCAGCCAUUUAUAUGGAUAUUAUGCCAUCAUCUAAGGAAAAUAUUGCAUUUAAUUUUUUGACGGGCCAAACACCCAGUCUUCUGCUAUACAUCGACUCUUACUCUGAAGACUACAUGGCUGUUCUUCUCUGCAAGAAUGGAAACUUACAGGUUCGAUAUCAGCUGAGUAAGGAGAGAGUCCAUGUGUAUACCAUUGAUGUGGAAAAUUUUGCCAACAGACAAAUACACCAUGUAAAGAUUAACAGAGAUGGAAAACAACUCACUAUUCAGGUGGACCAACACCCUAAAUACAGAUAUAACUUCUCUUCAGAGGCUGACUUCCAGGCUGUAAGGUCCCUCACAUUGGGCAAGAUCACAGGUAGCCUAGGACUAGAUGCAGAGGUCUCCAAAGCAAACACUAUUGGAUUUGUUGGAUGCCUGUCAUCAGUCCAAUAUAACCACAUAGCACCAUUGAAGGCAGCCCUGCGCCAUCCCAGCAUUGCACCUGUCAUCGUAAAAGGCGUUUUGGCAGAGGCUAAUUGCAGAUCUGUAAUGGAAGAAGAUGUAAACACAGUGACAACAAUAUACUCUUCAUCAGAUCCUUUUGGGAAGACAGAUGAACGGGAACCCCUCACGAAUGCAGUUAGGAGUGAUUCAGCUGUCAUUGGAGGUGUAAUAGCAGUGGUGAUAUUCAUCAUCUUCUGCAUCAUUGGUAUCAUGACUCGAUUCCUUUACCAACAUAAACACUCACAUCGAACAAAUCAGAUGAAGGAAAAAGAAUACCCAGAAAAUUUGGACAAUUCCUUUAGAAAUGACAUUGAUUUGCAGAACACAGUGAGCGAGUGUAAACGGGAGUAUUUCAUUUGAUGGACCCCACAGAUUCCUUUUUUUUUCUCUUUCUGUUUUCUACUUGCUCCUUAUUUAUUUUCCUUUUUCUUUUGAGAAGACCCUGCUCUUCUCACCCUACUCCCAAGAAAGUCCCAACAACUAUUAAACCACCUCCUCUGCACAAGACUGUCCUAGUGAUAACGACCACUCAAGAGACCUGCUAUACUACUUUAGACUGAAUAAGAGCCACAUAUGUGCAUGGUUGCCUAGUGAGUUUUUUUUUUUAUUUUCACAGUUUCUGAAGUACUUUAUUACAUUCCACAUCUACUCAAUCUCACAGAUCUUAAUCUACACUAUGUGGUUAGUGAUGCAGGAAUUCAUUUAUAAAUCUCCUCCUGACCCCAUGCUUCCAUUUGUGGAAUAGAGAUGAGAACAUCCUGGAUUUUUGAUUUGUUUAGAUGAUACCCUUAAAGGUCCAAGAGAGAUUUUUGUUGCUGCUGUUAUUGUUAACUUAAUAUAAACACUUCCUUCCCUAACUCUCUUCCCUUUUUUACUGAAACGUUUAGGCUCUGAGAAUUUGCAAAUGUAGAAUUACUAAUAGUAGCAACAGGUACAAAGAAAUUAAUGUGCACCUCACUUAACACCCUCUUGUGGGGUUGAUCAUUUACAAGAGCAUACAAUAGAAUAAAUCUAGCUGAAGCAUGGGAAACGAAUAGUAGCUUGAAAUUUAAAAAGAAAAAAAGAAAAGCUGCUAAAAUUACAUUUUCUGUAACUUCACAGAUGCCUCUUUUGAAUUUUAUAUGAAAUGUUAGUUAGGCUACAAUCUACUAAUGUCAGGGGUCAAAGAAAAGAUAGCAUAAGAAAAUCCAGGUAAAAUUUCUAAAAUACUCAGCAUCAUGAAGUAGUAUAUAUCCUUAUCACAUAACUUGAAGAACUGCAUGAAAGAAAAUAAAUACUAAAGAUUGGAGUAAAACAAGCACCAAAUUGCAUUAACCUUUUUGAAAAGAAUCAAUUGUACUUUUAAAAAAUUUUCUUCUUAUUCUGACCAUUUUCAAAAUACUGUCUAUGACUAUAUGAGUCUUGUUAUGCUAACAUCCCUGGUGAAGUGCAGACUGGAAAUCUUACUAAGUUGGUGGUUUUCAUAUAAAUAUAGAACUAUAUACCCCUUAAAAUAUGACAUACCUUCUUUGUCCCAAAGUCCCAAAGAUAGACCUCUAUGUAAGCCAGGGGCUGGAGCCUCCAGGUGAUGUGAUUGUUUGAAAAUUCUCUUUGGUAGUUCUUCACAUUUGUUUUGUCUUAUAUUAAUCACAUUGGAAAAAUAUAUUUAAUCUUUUGCCCCAUGACCAACAUGGAGAAAAGAAAAAGAGAGAAAGGGGAAGCCUCAUCACCAAAUACCCGUGGAAUAAGUCACAGAUGUGGAUGGCAUUUGCUAAUUCUGUUUACAAGACAAACUCAAUUUUGAAAACAAGUACUGUUUUGUGGCUUCUAGGCCCUGACAGUUAGGAGACACUCCAUCUUGUUCUCAGUGUUUAUAUUACAUUCGAUUAUUUAAUGCUCCCUUUGCAUGACAGGACUCCCAAUGUUGAGCUCAUUAACUCCAUUUUUUUCAAAAAAUGUUUUUUUCUUUUGGUGCCCAAAAUCAUAGGAAAAUUAAUCAUUCUUACAUUUAGUUUUGUCUUUUUUGGGGCCUUCCAUUAAAGACUAAGAUUGUUCCUCAUUUUCAAUGUCUAUGAACUCCUCUAUCACCUCAUCAUUUACAUCAUUGUCUUUGUCCUAGUAAAUAUUUUAAGUGAUUCUAAAAAGGAUGCACUAUUUCUAUCCCCUUAUAAACAAUUGAAUUUAAUAAAUAGAAAAUAAUUUUAAUUUUAUAUCUUUCUUUUCCAUCUACCAAACCCCACAGAUUGUCAGCUUUAAAUUUCUUUAUGUAAAGAGAGAGAGAAAGAGAGAGAAAAAGAGAGAGAGAGAGAGAGAGAGAGAGAGAAAGAGAGAAAGGGAGAGGGGGAGGGAAAGUCCCAUAAAGGUCAAAGCUAAAUAAUUUGAUUUUCUAAUUUCCUUCUGUACGUAUUUUGGAAGCUAACAAAUUUAACACUAACAUGGCUAUAUCACUAACACAUAUAUAGUUGUACAUGUACAACUAUGUCAGUAUAUCUGCAGAACCAUACACAAUCAUAUAUACCCUGUUUUAAAGAGAGGUUAAUGCACAUAGCACUAAAAUCAAGUUUGUUGUUAGAGUAUUUGAAAACUCAUUGAAGUAAUUCUGGAGAAUUGUCUAUCAGUGUGUUUAACUGAAUCUCAAAUAAGUAAGCCAUGCCCUUUAAAAUCGAAUGGGACUUUAGUGGUAAGAGCUAAGCAUUGAUUCACUUUGGGUUUUUUGGGGGGAUUUUUUUUCCUCCUUGGAAGGAUGUACCCCUGAUGUUUCAUGUAGCUAUUAAGAUCAAGAAUGUUGCAUCCCUUGGGUAAUUAAAUACAUUCUUUGGAAAUACAUGUACAAUGCACAUGUAUAAUCCCAUAUAAUCCUAUAUUCUUCCCUCUUGUUCAAUGAAUGGAUUUCCUAAAUGCAAAUUGAGAUUCUGUGUGUCACCUCAUCCUUCCAUUUAGACCCCUAAUACAUAGUAAUCACUUUUUAAAACAUCAAAUUCUGUCACUUUACAGCAAAACCAAAAAAAAGGACAAAUGAAAAAAAACUGUGUAAUUUUACAUUUAAAAGGAGCUCUAUCAUUGAUAUUAUUCCCACCAAAUAUUUCUCCUAUUUUCUUAGUCCACACCAAGUUGUAGUAUAAUUGCUUGCCCUAGGGAUAUUUUUAAUACUCAGUGUAACAUACAUAGUUUACUCAGGUUAUACUUCUACUUUUUACUAUGAGAGUUCCAUCUAGAUAAAAGAAAAUGAACCUUUUGCAAAAGCCUAUUUUACAAAUAUUUUAGAUUUCUGGAUUCUUUAUCACAUGUAUUUGGGGUAUUUACUUUGAGGGAAACUGCUUCAUGAAUUAUAUCUCUAUCUGUGUUUUAGACACAAAAAGAAGGUAACCCCAAAACUCCUUCCCUUUUCCAGGAGCAGAUCUACUACCCCAUACCCCACAUUCCCCAUUAGCAUUAGGGGUAAAAAAUAAAAUAAAAAUAAUUAAACUUCUUAUCUGAAGUUCAUUACUAUUUUAUGACUGAUAAUGAAAAUUUAGAGCAUUACUUUUUUUAUUAAUACAUUAGUAAUUAAUUGGUUGUUUUUUAUGCCAGCUAAGCCACUUCUCAUCAUCUUAUAUUUAUCUAUUGUAGGCAAUGGAUGCUUUAAUCUAUUAAUACAGGUUCUUGCGGAGAGCCAUUGAUAAAUUUUAUUGCAGACCAAAUCUAGAUGCUCCAUGAAUUCUUAGCAUGCUUUUAGGGUCUGAAUUAUUUUGAGUUUUUCUCUGCUUUGUUUUACAUGAUGAUCCACAAUGCUCCUACUUAUAAGUCUGAACUUAUAUAACUGAACAUAAAAUUGAAGUCUUGAGAACACUGUUUCGGGUCCUGUAUUCUCUUCUCUGACCUCCUUUCUUCCCACUUGCAUAAAUUUCCAUCAAUGCAUAAUACUUUUCAGAACUUAUAAGCUCUUUGUUUUCUUUUUAGUGUGGAGUUCUCUUUUCUGCUCAUGCAGUACAAUUUCUAUUUUUGUUAUUCUCCUGGCCUUUUACUGAUGUUCCUACAAUGAUAAUGAAGGCCAGAGACAUAGAUGGAAAUGAGUUUCAUUAAUUUCCUAAUGUAUCAUUCUUACAUCAUGCCUUCCACUCCUCAAUAGAAGAUUAAUUUGAGAGAACCACUGAGCACUAUACAAUAUUAUUUAGUAACAGAGGACUAAUAUAAUAAUUGCUCUCAGAAGUAAUUGUUUUUACCAAGUGAAGUUUCACAAAGCAAGGUAACACUCAAAGACUCUUAUCAUCCAGUGGUCAACUGGUAUCCUACCUUGCUUGGUAGCUGGAUACUGUUCAAUGAAAGAACAUGCAAGAAAGGGCUAUCACACAGGAUGAAAGACAUGAGGGUACAUGGAUUUAUGCUUUGUCUUUCCUCAAAAAAAGCUUCACAAUUUGAUUUCUGUCAGUCCUGCUUUUCUUUGCAUGCCUUCUUAUUAAGAUAAAUCCAAAUAAUAGCCCUGGCUAACUAAGAGACAUUUGAACAAUGUAUUUUUCUGUCAAUUCUUUUCAUUGCCUAAAAGUAUAGGAUUUUAUUCCUCUGUAUUGCUUGUCAUUCACAGAUAACUUUUAGAUCUUCUCCCUGCCUGCCCCCCAAAUAAAACCUUUAAAAAGGUGAUUAAAUAAUGACUAAUAGAAGGGAUCAUGAAUAAACCUAAUAAUAGAUUUGAAUAUCUGAAAAGCAACUGAGUUCUGGUUCAGGUUUUUCAAAGUUUGGCAAUAUUUUCCUUCGAAAUGACACAUAAUGUAAUUGAAUCAUUUCCAAGUUCUAUUUUUAGUCCUUAUUCCUUUAUUUAAAAAAAACACUUUCACAAUUAUCAGAAAUAAACUUUUUUUUCUCUUUUUCAUUUUCAUUUUUCUCUGGCCCUAUGUUUUGAUUUCAAUAAUUCAAAAUGUUGAAUAUACUGGAAAGAAAAAAGUUACAAGGUUUUUUUUUUCUUUUGUUUUGUUGGUUGGUUACUUUUUUUCUUUUAGGCUAGCUAUUUGAGUUUUCUCCAAGAAAUACUGUACUUUGUUUUUCCUAUGUAGCCCAGAAAAUUUAGUACUACUUUAAACAUUAAUUUAUUUUUCAAAUAUAUAGGACCAGCCUUAGAUAUGUAAAAAGAUUUGAACCAACUUCUGAUGACUUGAACUAUGACCAAUUUGCCAGGACUUUGGGCAAGUUCUGAAUGAAAAUAAAGUUUGGAAAUCCAACUUUUUUAUUUUUAUCAUUUUUUCUUUCUUUCAUUUCCUUCCUUUUUCUUUCUUUCUUUCAUCCUUUCUUUCUUUCUUUCUCUUUCUUAUUUUUUUCUUCCUUCCUCUCCUUUCCCCCCAUUAAGGUACUCUGAGGAGGAAUAAAAGCACACUUUUCAGUGAAAAUAUUGUACUUUGUAAUCUAGUUGUUUGUCUUUUGUAAUGUCUAGAGUCUACAAAUGGCUGAGCAGACCUAAGUAAGGAUUAAGGCAACUAUUUAGACAUAUCAGGCAUAUUUCUUGAGUACUUGGACUAGUGUUGGAAGGAUCAGAUAGAUAUGGAUAGAGCUAUCCUUCUAUCAUGCUAGUGGUAGCUAUCCCCAUUACAAAAUGCCCCACUAUUGGGGAGUAUCUGUAGGCCUUUACAAUACCAUGUUAUAUUUUUGUAAAGGGCUUUGCAUGGGGAGUUAUUUAUUCACCUUUGCAUGACAUUCUUAGAAUCUAAUCCCAACCAUCCUCCUGCUAUAUGUCAGCUAAAUACAUUAUUUAGUCAAGUUAGCUGCUGUUACUUAAGAUCCUUGUCAUGUAAAGUAUCUAAAUUGAAAUACAUCUUGACCAAAGUUAACUGUAAAUGAAAUUUUAUUGCUUUGUGUUUGCAAAACCUUCACAGUUUAUCCCCUGGGCUUAAUGACCUGAAUCAGAAUAAUCUUACUAUAUCCAAUGUUGUUUUUUUUUCAGGACCAGUUCAGUGUGAUAGUUUCUCCCCUUUAUGAUGCUUUUAUCUCAAGUAGCAUAAAAGUAUGAUAUAUUGGUUUUCCUCUUUAAGGAUGGUCUUCCCUAUUAUAAUUAACUAUGGGAUAGGGAUAAGAGGAUGUUCUCUGCAUUGGUUUUUCUAAUUGUGGUAAUGGAUUUGCAUUCUUCUAUUCAUAUUCUAUCACCCAGUUCUUUUAGGGAUCCAAGGCUCUCAUUGGUUCAAUAGCCAGAUAGGGUUGGGGUGCAGCCUAUGUAUACAGAAUAAAGUAAAGUAAAUUGGUCUAUAUAAGAAUUGAGCUUAUGACAUUGUCCUUCUCAUUGCAGUGCUCUAAUAAGAGCAGACUCUAACAAUAUAAUCAGAGAGGGAAAGGUGGAAAGAAAAAGAAAGACAUGCAGUAUGCAACAUAAGCAUCACAUUAUAUUUGCUGGCACCUUACAUGAAUGUGGUCCUUUUCAGUACGUCUUUAAGGGAUAAUAAGGCUAAGUGAGUUUGCUUUGCCAUCCGUGCUUACAAUAAAAACUCCUUUGAAAGUUUUAAAUGAAAUAUUAAAAUAAUCUCUUCCCUAUGAAUGACAGCAGAGUCUCAACUUUUAUAACCUCAUUCUGCCUCAAAUCUGCCUUCAGGGAAACAGUAAACCUCACUCGCAGUGACUUAACAAGGGUGCAGGAAUGGCUUCCUUAUUUGCCGAGGUAUCAGAAUGAGGAACAUUUUCAUUGUGAAUCUGAGGGCCUGCUUUUUUUGCCUGUUAUACUGGCCUGAAUUCUCUUGUUCUUAAUCCCUCGAUUAGUAGCCAUUUUAUUAGCAGGUACAGUUGUUGAAAGCCUCCAAAGAAGCAUUGCCUUAUCAGAUGAGGUGUGAACAAUAAUUCCUCACUAUGUAAAUGACAUGUUCAGUCAGGGAAUUUAUCUCCACCAUCAUGUAGAAUCCCCUGACUUUUAGGAACCAGAGAAGAAAAGUCACUUUCAAUUAGUGAGGAAGAAAAUAAAAAUACAAGUGAAGAUAAAGUCUCAGUUACAGUAAAAAUAAAUAUAGAUUAAUUGAUGAAUAAAUAAAUAAGCUUCACCUCUCCUUGUACCUUUGCCCAAGUCCUUUGUGAAGGUCUAGAUUUUAUUUCCACUGUCUGAAUUUUUUUUUAACAGUCCUAAGGGAUGUUGCCUCAAUCCAAGUCAGUUUUGUAGACCAUGUAACAUGUCUUAAUAUACUGUAUGGGGGGAAAAAGUUAGCCUUAGCUUCUUUUGUUUUCUAUGGUUAUUGUUGUACAGGAGAAAGACUUAAACUGUAAAUAAUGUAUAUUUAAUAAAGAGAGACUUUUGUAUGA